GUUGCAAACACAGCAGAAACAAAGAUGAGAGAGUUUAGUAUGUUGGGGAAAGGUCGGCAUCGGAUGCUGCUGGCGCUCUGUUGGCUGUUUUUGAUUCUGACGAGGAGCGGAGCAGUCUCCAGAUGUGUGGACCAUGCCUGCAGUCCGCCCAUUGGGAACCUGGCUAGUGGCAGGACCCUCCUCACCCACUCCAGCUGCUGUGGAAACAGCUCCUUCCACCGUAGCCCUUGCCCUUAUCCAACAGUGACCCACCACGCCCUUUGCCCCAAUGACACCCAUCCACCUGCUCACAUGACUGAUGACCCUUUCCUGCAUCCAGACACGUGGUGGGCAUCAGGUGCAGGCCCCACCGAGCAGGAGCAGCAGGAUGAGAUCCGGUUGGACUUGGAGAGCCACUUCUGCAUGUCCCACAUGGUUUUGGUGUUCCGGUCCCCGCGGCCUGCUGCCAUGGCCAUCGACCGCUCAGCUGACUUUGGAAAGACCUGGGAAACUCUGAAGCUCUUUGCGCACAACUGCAGCGAGGAGUUUGGUUUGCCUGAUGACUUCACUCAGCCAGGCUCUUUGUGCACAUCCCGUUAUACCAGUCCUACACCCUGCAGUGGGGGGGAGGUAAUAUUGCGGACACUUGACCCCUUCAGUGCUAAAACUCUGGACCCUUACAGUCCGGAGGCCCUCGCCCGCCUGACCCUCACUAACCUCCGCAUCAGACUGCUGAAAGCUCAGAGCUGCCCGGGACCUCUACAUCCUCCGGCAGCCUGGACAAGCCCCACAGACUCAGCUCUCACUUCCACAUCCUCCACAGAAAGCGCAGCACCUUACGCUAUUUAUACUCUAUUGGCCAGAGGGACCUGCCUGUGCCACGGACACGCUGAGAAUUGUGUAGCAUACAACAGCAGCGAAGACACAAGGCAGGACAGUAACAUGGUGUCCGGUAGGUGCAUGUGUGCUCACCACACAGCGGGGGAUCACUGUGAGAAGUGCGCCCCGCUCUACAAUGAUCGUCCCUGGAGGCCGGCCAACAGCAGCAGCGGGGAGUCCAACCCGUGCCAGAAGUGCCAGUGCCACGCUCACGCAGAGCGCUGCCACUUCUCUCCGAGGGCCUGGCUCUCCUCUGGGGGCACCAGUGGGGGCGUUUGUGACGACUGCAGGCACAACACUGUGGGGCGCAGGUGCCAGCGAUGUCGCCAUGGUUACCACCGCCACCCACUUAACUUUGAGCUGCCCCUCAACUCCCCCCACGCCUGCACACGCUGCUGGUGUGAUCCUCGGGGGUCUUUGUCCACUCGUCCGGGGGAAGAGGGACCCUGGUGCCACCCGAGGAGCGGGCAGUGCCCCUGCAGACCCGGGGUCUGGGGCGCGAGCUGCAGCCACUGCCAGCCCGGACACUGGGGGUUUGGAGAGGAGGGCUGUAGACCCUGCGCCUGCCCUCACAGCUGUGAUCCAAUCACAGGGCAGUGUCUGGACAGCUACUCAAAUAACCAGGUGUUCAACGUGCCCAUUGGUGGAAAGAUCCCUGACCUGGAUCACAUGUUCACAUUAGAAGAAGAGGUUCAGUGGUCGAAGGAGCUCGCCGUCUCUGCUCUGCAUUACACAGGAAAGUGCAGCUGUAAGGAGAAAAAGCUGAGGAGUGCGUUGGACCUCUGUAAGACCAAACAUGAUUAUGUGAUCAAGGCCAGUGUGCUGUCCGCUCACGACAAAGGCAGCCACGCAGAAGUGCAGGUCAAAGUUCGCAAGGUCCUUCGAUCAGGCCAGGUGGCGCUGAGCUUAGGGACCAUCAGCAUCUACCCUCUGUCCUGGACCAGCCGCGGCUGCACCUGUCCCAUUCUAAACCCAGGGUAA